AUGACUGAUUGGAAUAAGUUAAAGGUCGUUGACCUGAAAGCAGAGUUGAAGAAACGAGGUCUGCCGCAGACCGGUCUCAAGCCUGCUCUAGUUGCUCGACUUACAUCUGCAGAGAAUGAAGAUGGUUCGGAAAGUGAUAUGACUCUUCACGAUGAUGCAACCAAAAUAAAUCAAGAAUCUGCAACAUCCCCAGAUACAAUUUCACCCACACAAACAUCAUCUUUUGAGAUUGGUCCGGAAAUGACAAUUGAAAAUGCAGAGGAACCACAAGCGAACCCCAUCCCAGAGAGUAACGAAGUUCAACCAUCACCUCUUGAAGUCACAAUAGAUCAUCAAACGGAACCCGUCCUUGAGUCCGCCGUCGCAUCUAAGGAAGAGGCGAUUCAAUCGACCCCAGUUUCAGAGAGUGCGCAGCCUUCUUCAAAUGACGCAGUAGAGCAAGUUGAAAUUCGACCUUCACAACCUAUAGAUACAACCGAAUCCUCUCUGCCUCCUUCUAAAGCUACAUCUCAGCAACCCGAACAACCCGAGGGUGAUCGCUCCGCUGAGCUUCCCGUUGAACCACGAGAGGCGAUCGAGGACCGACAGAAGAGAAAACGCAGAUCACAAAGUCCAGCUCCAAGUUCUACAGAUAUUUUUCGAAAACGAGCUCGACCAAGUGACUCUAUUGAAGAGGUUGCGACUUCAAAGGAGGAUGCGGAAUGGGUGGAGAAACACAAUGCGGUCGAUACAGGUGAAGUCAACGCUAAAUCAAAGGAGGUGACAAUGGGUUAUGACGGACCUACGGUUAUUGAUGACUCUAAAGAAGAAGUAGUAGUUGAGCAGCCGGUUUCAAAUACGAAUGAGCAAGAAGCCGAAAAAAUGGAUAUUGAUGUCGAAAAAACUCGACCAAAUGCUGAGGCUGCGGCGACAUCACCGGGACUUUCACGCCCACGCGAUUCAAGAUUCAAAAAUCUAUUCUCUUCCCCACAAAAGGCGAAUGAAGAUACAGAAAUGGUACGUUAUUCACAAGAGCCUGUGGAAGACGAAUCAUCAUACAAUCCAAUUACUCCCGCAAUUCAUCCAGCUACUUCAGCUCUUUAUAUUCGUAACUUUGUCCGACCACUUCAAGAGCCUCGACUUCAUGAUUACCUUACCACUCUUGCUACGCCGCCUGGUAGCGAACCAGAUCCAGAUGUGAUUUUACAUUUCCACAUCGAUCGCGUUCGAACACACGCGCUCGUUCAAUUCAAAACCCUCUCUGCCGCAGCUAGAGUACGCAGCGUAAUGCAUGAUCGUGUCUGGCCCGAUGAACCAAAUCGUAAAGCAUUGUGGGUGGAUUUUAUACCAGACGAAAAAGUCAAGGAAUGGAUUGAUCAAGAACAAGCGUCCGGGCCUGGACGAAAUAUACAAAAGUGGGAGGUAGUCUACGAGGAAAUUGAAAAUGACGGAGAUCGUCAAGUUACUGCUGUGUUGCAGGAAUCUACAGGGGAAUCUCAAACGAUGUCUGCGAGAAAGCAAUCAAUUCCGGUCUCUGUACCGACGGGACCGUCAAGGGGUAUUGAAGGAGCACCAUCUGGACCUAGAAGCUUCGUUGGUUCAAGAACUGCACCAACGCGAAAUUUGUCGGAGCUUUUCAAAUCUACUACGACACAACCGACGCUGUAUUGGCAACCAGCAUCGGAGGAUUUGGUCACUAGACGAUUAGAUGCAAUUGCAGAUAUCACUACCAAAGACAUUGAACGCCAUACUGGACCAGAUAUCAAUAGAUAUACAUUUGAGGAUGGAGAUAGAUUUGUUGAUCGUGGAAAAGAGAUAUUUCCAGGCAUCAGACCUCCACCAGCCCAUCGAGGACAAGGAAAUCAGCGUCCAGGGCGGUAUUCAGGUAGGGGUGGUGGGGGUGGUGGAUAUGGAAGUAGGGGAGGUGAUAGAGGCUAUGAUAGAGGCGUCGACAGAGUAUAUGACAGCUACAGAGGACCACCUCGAAAUCGAGAUAGGCGUCGCUGA